UCGAAAAAAAAAAGUCAGCCGCUGAGGCGUAAUUUACCCACAACACACCGCGGUCUCUCUCAGUGGUAAAUAUGGCGUCCAGGGCACCAGUGGUGACGGGCAGGCUUAUGCUUGGUUUCCGCAAAUGGUACUACAACUUAUGUGGCUUCAACAAGCUUGGUCUACUGUAUGAUGACACACUAUAUGAGGAUGCAGACGUGAAGGAGGCCCUGAGGAGGCUUCCAGAAAAUGUUAGUAAUGACAGGACAUUCAGGAUCAAGAGAGCCCUGGAUCUCUCAAUGAAGCAACAGAUCCUCCCCAAAGACCAGUGGACAAAAUACGAAGAGGAUGUCAAUUAUCUUACACCAUACUUAAAGGAGGUGAUCCGUGAGAGGAAAGAAAUGGAGGAAUGGGUGAAGAAAUAACACUUCUUGAUCACGGUUCUUAAUCUUAUGUGGUUGGAUUGUCCCCUGGUGUAAUAUGUAAAGUUUUAAAAUGAAAUGUGACCUAUAUGAAAACAAUGCUCAAUAAAGAAAUGUACAUUUACAUUUCAAAGGA